AUGGAUACCACAAAUCGUAGUCCGACUCCUGCUGCGGGUUCAGCAGAUCAACUAAGACUCGAUCGACCUCUACCACCCUUUCCUCCAAACGCCCAACAAGACGGCCUUACGGUGGACCCAAGAGAGAUCAUUUAUAGCGGCUUUGGGGGAACCUCUGGUGGCGCGUCGAAUGACCAGAGUCAAGCUGGGUAUUUAGGGAGCGCCGGCGAACUUUAUCAAGAAAUGCCACUAUCAACUUCCAGUUCGUCUACAACGACUAGUGAAUCAAGAAGCCGGGGGAGCUCUGCCUCCCAAGCCCGUACUGGUGACGAGUUAGUGAACACACAGGAUACAGGACUUAUUGCAAGCAGCAAUCGCCCUGAGCUACGCCGAGCUUCCUCUUCGGCUUCGUCCCGACUGUCGAUGCAUUCUGCACUUUCGAACCACAGCAAUGAUGCACCAACCGAGCCGAGAGAACCCCCAGCGAGUCAAUCUAGAUAUCGACGUUCUCCGUCAGGACGAUCAGAAGUUGUUGUGCCUAGGUGGCAGCCGGAUGUAGAAGCCACUUAUUGCCCUAUUUGCAACUCACAAUUCAGUUUUUUUACCCGCAAACAUCAUUGUAGGAAGUGCGGGCGUGUUGUAUGCGCGAAUUGUUCACCACACCGGAUUACGAUACCCUACCAGUACAUCGUUCAACCUCCUGUUGAAAGCACAUCCACGUCGACAGACAGUGCUAAUACACGUCCUGCUCGGGACCCUGCUCGCGCAGGAAGUUCUGCUGAAGUUACGGGCCUCGGGGGUGGUGAGCGUGUUCGAUUAUGCAACCCAUGUGUCCCAGACCCUAACAUUGCCCCUCCACAAACCAAUUCAAGCCAUAUACCACAAUCUCUCUCGCAGCCUAGUAGGCACGGCCGAUCGGCUAGUGGCGCAAUUCCCUCAUAUGGACCAUAUCAAAGAACUCAAAAUCAACCUAAUCGACAGGUCACGCCUAUUUCGGUACGGGACGCUCUACGAAGCACACCUAGGAGACCACGAGAACCCAGCAUUUUAGGACCACCCAAUCAAUCAUCAAGUUAUUACAGCAAUUCACAGAAUUUCCCACCCAGGGGUUCCUCAUAUACGCAUAGGGAAGAUCCUAGACUCGGACUGAACCCAAUGGAAGCUCGGUCCAGGAGCAGUACUGUUGGAGGUGCCUCCCGUGGGGGUUUAGUCACGGCCAACUCCCAUGGUCCUCCAAACGUUGCUGCAUCGUCACCGCGCUUUGUAGGCCUAAUACCAAGAAGCGAGUCAGAUCAGUCACGUCCGCUACCACCUCGGCCACAGCAACGGCGUCAAAUACCAGAAGAGGAUGAAUGCUGGGUGUGCCACCGAGAACUACCUUCACGCACACUACCCAAUUUCGAGGCUCUUCGCUCCAAACAUGUAGAAUCUUGUAUUGCAUCAGCAAUGCAAGGACCUAGUACGUCUCCAGCACCACAAACAGCCGCACGACCUAUACCAUCUCAAUCUUCUACUUCUGUCGCCACCACGCCAACACCUACAGUCCAGCAAUCCGUCCCCUCGUCAUCGACACCGGUCCGUAGGACAGGCGUAUUUCCCUACAUCGCAACCGAAAAAGAUUGUGUCGACGAUGCGGAAUGUACUAUCUGUCUCGAGGAAUUCGAAGAAGAACUCAGAAUUCAAGAAUGUAUUGCGGAGCAGUUGGACUUAGCGUGGACCGAGUACGGCCCGGUGCUGUCGACGUUUUAUUGCAUGCUUUUGGUCGCGUGUCUAGUAUUCUACAGUUACCUACCUUUUUGGGUGAAGCAAUUCAAUUUUCGAGACACAGCCGACGUAGUGGUAGUUUUCUCAGUCUAUGCCGCAAGUAACAUGCUUUCUAUCGUGGUUUAUCGGUUGGCUUACAGAAAAGCAUGUCCGCCUGGAGGAGUAACGGACAGACAAUCCGACGUGGUAAAUGCCUUCCGUCAGAAUUUGAGAGACAAAAUGCCACAAGAACACUACCCGGACUACACGUACUACUUCCUGCGGUAUUGUGCAGACCCAGAACUCCAUAUCAACGGGCUGGCCGACAACUUGUCUCGUCGCUAUUCGUUGUAUACGACGGGACUAUACCAUGUGUUGAAGAUCAUCUCUUUUGCCUCUGCUGGGAUAUUGUUGGAGUUGCGCGCAGUGUGGGAUAGGGGCUGGUUCUGGACUCAUGGGAAAUUCUUGAGAGCCAUCCGCAGAGAGUGCUUGGAAUUGUGCGUAGCCAGUGAUGUUGAGAAGAGUUCUGGGGUUCGACUGAAGCCUGAGGAGCAUUUGGCGGACUUGUUUGAAUUCGUGAUGGUGGAUAGGCAGGAAUCAGAGGAAAAACAACAAGAGGCGAAAAUAUGGCUCAAGUUGCUUGUCAAGGGAAUCGAGUUUUCGACUACGCAAGAUACACUCGUUCCACAGAAGGAGAGAUAA